CGUGUCAUUAGACGUUUGAAAUGUGCAAAAACUGCCAAGCGGAUUAGAUAAAAACUGAUCCCAUCAGGCUGACAGAAGAGCACAAACAGCUGAACAAACGGUGCGAUUGAGUUACCAGGAAGACAUUUUCAGAUAGCAGAACAAACAGAGAUGUGUUAUCAUUGUGCAACAGACGUAAAGUUCCCUGCUGUGAUUGGCUGCUGUGUUUGCCGGCUCCGUGGCCCCUUAGGCAUGCCGUGGGGUCUGGACCCUCCUCCCCUUGCUCACAUCCAGGUGGGGAUAAAAAGGAGCCAAGUUUGCACUCCGCUUCAUUCUCUUGUCUCCAUCCAGAGCAGACAGACUCCUCCACCAUGACCUCCUACGCUCGCUCCGUCACCUUCUCCAGCGGGAGCCGCCUCAGCUCCGCAAGGGCCCCCAGCGUGUAUGGCGGCGCCGGUGGCGCAGGAGUCCGCAUCUCCAGCAUGAGUGCUCCUAGGAGCUUCUCCUCUGCCGGGGCAGGGUUUUCUGCUGCCAGGUCUGGCAGUGGUGGCUUUGACCUGGCCGACGCCAUCGACAUCUCCGACAACAAGAAAGUGGCCAUGCAGAACCUCAACGAUCGCCUGGCGUCCUACCUGGACAAGGUGCGCAGCCUGGAGAAGGCCAACGGUGACCUGGAGCUGAAGAUCAGACAGUUCCUGGAGAACAAGACCAAACCGGAGGGCCACGACUGCGUUGCGUUCAAGGCCGCCAUCAGCGACCUGCAGGACAAGAUCCUGAGUGCCACCCGGACAAACGGAUCCCUCUACCUGUCCAUUGAUAACGCCAAGCUGGCUGCUGACGACUUCAGGGUCAAGUUUGAGAACGAGCUGGCCAUGCGUCAGUCGGUGGAGGCCGACAUCACCGGGCUGAAGAGAGUCCUGGACGACCUGACUCUGGGAAGAUCCGACCUGGAGAUGCAGAUUGAAUCGCUGAGAGAGGAACUCAUCCAGCUCAAGAGGAACCACGAGGAGGACCUGCUGGCUAUGCGGGCCCAGGUAGGAGGCCAGGUGAACGUGGAAGUGGACGCCGCUCCGCAGCAGGACCUGUCCGCCGUCAUGGCCGGAAUCAGAGAACACUACGAGACCGUCGCCAACAAGAACCGCAAAGAGCUGGAGUCCUGGUUCCAGACCAAGUCCGAGGAUCUCAAUAAGGAGGUCGCCGUGAGUACGGAGACUCUUCAGUCGUCGCGCUCCGAGGUGACCGAGGUGAAACGCUCACUACAGGGCCUGGAGAUCGAGCUUCAAUCACAGCUCAGCAUGAAAAAGUCUCUGGAAGGAACCCUCGCGGAAACCCAGGGCCGCUACGCCAACAUGCUGGCAGGUUACCAGAGGCAGGUGAGCAGUCUGGAGGAGCAGCUGGCCCACCUCAGGGCUGACCUGGAGCGACAGGGACAGGAGUACCGGAUGCUGCUGGACAUCAAGACCAGACUGGAGAUGGAGAUCGCCGAGUACAGGAGGCUGUUGGACGGAGAGAUCACUACCAAGACCGCCACCACCACCAAGACCUCCUCCACCUCUCAGACAACGAAGGUGAUAACCAUCACGGAGAAAGUGGAUGAAUAUGGAAACGUAAUCAGCAGCUAAUAGAUGCAAAUGAAACCAGAAUCAGACGCAGUAACGUGUAAACUGAGUCUGUCUCAGGUUCUUUAAUAAAGACCAAGUCUGACAUUG